AUGGAGUCUACAUGUAAAGAAAGGAGUCUUUUAUACCUUCUUCUUUUUGCAAUAUGCACAGCCAGCGUGUGUCUGUGUGCUAGAAGAUCAAAUGUGCGGAGAUCAGAUCGUCUGAGUCCCCCACUAGACAUCCAGCUGGAGACAAUCAACUGCACCGCCUUCAGUGUGCGAUGGAAGAUGCCCCGACGACAUGUUAGCACCAUCACAGGAUACAAGGUCUUCUACACAGAGAUGAAGAAUGGCCGUCCAACGAGUACACCGUCUUUGAUGGAGGUUCCCCUCAGCUUGGACAUGCUCACCACUGGGCAAUUUGAUGGACAAGCAAGCUUUGAUGUGCACAUUGGUAACCUGAGGGUGAACACUAAGUACAGAGUUAGUGUUGGAGCGUAUGGUUGGGCUGGGGAGGGUAGACCCAGCAUGGCCAGAGACAUCAGCACUGCCUCACAUGACAUGUGCAUGCCCCCAUCACCCCCCACUCAGCCUGCUGUCAUGGCUGUAUCUGACACAGAGCUGGCGUUGUCAUGGCAGCAAGGUGAAAGUGAGGGAAGCGCACCUGUCCUUCACUUCCUCGUGGCUUACAUCAGGCCAGAAAUGGACACAGAGUGGACCUACAUACGAGAGCCAAUCGAGACUAACUCCAUGGUUUUGAAGGGGUUAUUACCUGAUACAGAGUACCAGUUUGUGAUCAGGGCUGUCAAUGUGCACGGAGCAAGCCCACCCAGCAGCAUCAACAGCCCUGUGCAAACUCUCGAUACAUCAGAGGUUGGCAGUGGGGAUUAUGGCCGUUACACCACAGACUCAAGGAACAAAGACGAGGACAUCUUUGAUGUUGACGACUCUGAUUAUGACAUCUUUAUUGAAGAGUUGAAGCCAUUCCCAGGCAUCAAUCAGGACAACAAGAGGUCACAGCUGCGUUCACGUCCUGGUCCUCCGUCUGGUCGAAAUGUUGUUUACCGAAUGAACACUAUUGCUCCACCAAACAUAACAACCACUCCAGCUGCAUCCACAACCUCAACAGUAAUACCAGACUUCUCAGAUCUCAUUUUCUUAACCACAAUAGAAACCAGUACUACCAAAAUCACCACAACUACUGCCCCACCAACAACAACCAGCAGCACUGUGCCUACCACCACAACCACCCCCACCAUGUCCCCCUGGAAAGGUGAGGUACCUCGCGUGUACGACCUGACCUGUGAUAAUACAGUGUGUCCUCCCGACAGCUUCUGUCUCAGUGAUUUCGACAGUGGGGGCUCACGCUGCCACUGUAACCUGGGACGAAGAGGAGACACUUGCACUGAGGUGAUACCAGUGAACUUCCCCAGGUUCUAUGGCUACUCUCACAUAACGUUUGAACCCUUGAAGAACUCUUACCAGACGUUUCAGAUCAGUUUAGAGUUCAAGGCAGACUCUGAGGACGGCUUGUUGCUUUACUGCGGGGAGAACGAACACGGACGUGGAGAUUUCACCUCUUUGGCUCUGGUUCAAGGCACGCUGCACUACAGGUUUAACUGUGGUACAGGAGCUGCUCAAAUAGUCAGUGAGAGCCUGAUCGUUCUUGGACAGUGGCACACAGUCACCGUCUUCAGAGACGGCAUGAGCGGCUGGCUGCGUAUGGACAACGACACGCCCAUUUCUGGGCGCUCACAGGGUCAGUACACGAAGAUUACUUUCCGCUCCCCGCUCUAUUUGGGCGGAGCCCCGAAUGCUUAUUGGCUGGCCAGAGCGACGGGGACAAAUCGUGGCUUUGCUGGCUGCAUUCAGAGUCUGACCAUCAACAACAAGGCCACAGACAUCAGACCCUGGCCUCUGGGCAGAGCUCUGAGUGGAGCUGACAUAGGUGAGUGCAGUGCCACAGUGUGCGACCUGGUCAGCUGUGCCAAUGGCGGAGCCUGCUUUGCAAACCGUGCUGAUGGCUACAUCUGCCUGUGCCCACUGGGCUUCAGAGGAGCACUUUGUGAAGAGAGUUUCACACUGUCCUCACCUCUCUUCAAUGAGACAGUGUUUUCAUAUGCUAUCAUCCCGUGGCCUCAGUCCUCUCAGAGUUAUUUGUCCUUUAUGGAGUUUGAGCUGACGUUCAGGCCUUCGACACCUGAUGGGACCCUGCUGUAUAGCGAUGAUGCAGGCAGCGGUGACUUCCUGGCUAUCAACCUGGUGGACCGAUAUGUGGAGUUCAGAUUUGACUGUGGCUCUGGAGGAGCAACAAUAAGGAGUGAAGAGCAGAUCAGUCUGGACACAUGGCAUGAGUUGAGGGUGUCUCGUACAGCAAAGAGUGGAAUCCUCCAGGUGAACAGUCAGAGGCCAAUGGAAGGAAUCGCUGAGGGAGCUUUCACUCAGAUCAAGUGCAGCUCCCCUCUGUAUGUUGGUGGAGUACCAGAAUAUGAUAAAACAAAGAAGACAGCCGGUGUGAAAAAGCCCUUCACUGGAAUUAUUCAGAAGCUGAUACUCAAUGAUCGCACCAUCCCAAUAACAUCGGGCUCGGCUGGUGGCGUUAAUGUAGCAAACUCGGCACAUCCAUGUGUGGAAAGUCCCUGUGCCAAUGGAGGGACCUGCAGGCCAAAGUGGGACACUUAUGAAUGUGACUGCCCACUUGGGUAUGAUGGAAGACACUGCCAGAAAGAGUGUGGGAAUUACUGUCUGAACACUGUGACUGAGGCUAUUGAAAUCCCUCAGUUCAUUGGCAGAAGUUACCUCACAUAUGACAACAGAGAUAUUCUGAAAAGGGUGUCUGGGUCCAGGACCAACCUCUUCAUGCGUUUUAAAAGCACAGCAAAAGAUGGCCUGUUGCUAUGGCGAGGAGACAGUCCAAUGAGACCCAACAGUGACUUCCUCUCCAUGGGGCUCCAGGAUGGCGCUCUGAUUUUCAGCUUCAACUUGGGCAGUGGUGCAGCUAACAUUGCCGUCAACGGGACUUUUAAUGACGGGAAGUGGCACAGAGUCAAAGCUGUGAGGGAUGGUCAGUCAGGAAAGCUCACAGUGGAUGACUAUGGAGCAAAAACAGGCAGGUCACUUGGAAAGAUGAGACAACUCAACAUUAAUGGACCCUUAUAUGUUGGUGGUAUGAAAGAGAUUGCCCUCCAUACAAACAGACAAUACAUUGGGGGCUUGGUGGGCUGCGUGUCCCACUUCACACUCUCCACUGAUUAUCACCUAGCUCUGGUGGAGGACGCUGCAGACGGCAAGAACAUCAACACCUGCUCCAACUAGAGGAUGGCUUCAACGCAUUAACUGGAGUGAACACCUCAUCCAGCUGACUUGAAAAGACUCACCAGAAGUAAAUGAGUGAAAACUGAAACAAAUCAAUAUUGGUCUUCUAAGUAAGGGCCAGUAGUAUUAACUCAAACUGGAACAACACUAUCAUUUUGAGUCUCAAGAACAUUGAAGUGGCUCCUGUGUGCAAAGUUUGCAAAACAACGCCAACCUGCCAAGCUGUAUUUAUCGUUCUAAAAUUCAUGACUCGUUGAAUUGUUCUGUAAAAUGUGUUGACACAUGAAAACAGGAAAAAAGGAUGAUAUUACAAAGCACAAAUACUCUGAAGAAUAGAACUAGGCAUUAUUGAAAAUGAGGUCUUUUAAAAACCCGUAGGACAUUUUUUGUCAGGGAAUGAUUUCAAUUGUAUCUUUAUUUUUCAUUGUAAAUCCGUAUUUGAUUGCUGGAAGAACCAGGCUAUCCUAGGGAUCAGCAGCAACAAGUUUUUCAUGAACCUGACCUAGAUGCAGCUAGCAGAGAUCAAUGUCUUUAUAGAGGAUUUUGGUUUUGGUCCUAGAAGACUUCUAUUGUAUUUUUUUUUAUUUGUGUAGCAUUUUUACUCUUGUUUGUGAUGUGCUAUCAGUCUGUAGGCUAAACUUUUUAAAGGUUUGAAUUUCAGGUUUUUUGAAUGGUUGUUAGUUUUGAAAGGUGAGGAUGCCAGCCACACACAACAUUUCCUUCUUCUUAUUUUAGUUUACAUGCUCCUUUAAUUGGAACUCUCACAACCCAGUCACAAGAAAGUCUGACCUCGACAUGGUGAAGCAGAUCAGAUCGUGGAGAAAUCAGGUGUGACUGUUGCUUACUAUCACACAAACCACAGUGCUGUUGACUACAAAUUCAGAUGCAUUAAGCUAUGUUUUCUUAAAAAGAGACGAGUUCUCUAUUUAAAUAUAGUAAUAGUGCUUUACCAUGCCAAAGCUCUACUUUUAAAUGGACAUUCUCUGAAUGUGUCAUCUAUUCUGCGAUGUUCAAAUUGUACGUGCUUGAUUUAAAUGUUGUUGCCCACCAAAAAGUGAAACCAAACUGUAAUGAGAGGGUUUGCCUGUGAGAGCUUACCCUAGUUUUAAAGUUUGAACACCAUUUCAGUGAUCAAAUGUCAGUUUUUAUGAGUUUAUAUCAUUAAAGUAUGUAAAGUGCGUCAAGUGUGGAAAGCCUUUAAAAUAAGGUGGAUCCAGUGGAAGCCACCACUUAUUUGUUGACUGUGACUGAAUGUGAUCUAAUCACUUGUGUUUGGAUUGAUUGUCAACAUAUAAUAUGUAACCCAUGUUGGCUGUACGCAUUUUAUGAAACAGACUUAUUGAAUAGCUUUUCACAAUAGACUUUAGGAAAAUGA